GAUAACCGAAUGGCUGCAUGCUUCGUGUAAAUAGAGGGAUCGACGGUUAAAACCCUCAUUCGUGACCUUGCUGCUCUCAGAUCUCGAAGUUCUUUUGCCAGUUUCAAAGAGAUCAAUGGCUGGAGGUAGAGUUGCGCAUGUUACUCUGAAAGGACCCAGCGUAGUGAAGGAGAUUUGCAUUGGCCUCACUCUGGGCCUUGUUUGUGGUGGCUUCUGGAAGAUGCAUCACUGGAACGAGCAGAGGAAGACACGUGCGUUUUAUGACAUGCUCGAGAAGGGAGAGAUCAGUGUUGUUGUUGAAGACGAGUAGUUUGUCAUCUUUUCUUUUCUCAGUUUUUUUCGCAAGCAUCAAAAGCUUGGUAUAUGUUUAAUUUUUCUCUUUUCUGCUGUUAUCAUGUAAUAAGCUUUUACACCAUUUGUUUGAAUUUUUGAAUCAUGUUGAUUGUUUAAGACUGUCGGUUUAUUGACAGCGUGAGAAAAGACACUUGCUUCUACUGUUUGCAUCGAAUUUUUUGCAGCGGAUGUCAA